CGCGGAAGGGACGGGAAAAGAAGCCGAGCCUCUCGCGGCCAGAGGGUGGAGGAAGGAGGAGGGUCGAAGCUGAAGAGAGCCUUAGAAUGGGCGAGGGAAUCGCCUCGGCGGCGGGUAGGUGCGAAAGCUCCUGCCACGGCUGUCUCUAGCCCCAGCGUCCCCUGUUGGGUAGUAAUUGUUGCUCUCGAAUAACAGAGGAGGAAAGUGGCGCCGAAAAAGCCAACUCUCCUUUCUUAUCCGGAAUCUGGCUAGAACUGUGCUGGGUUUUCGUUGGAUCGGGUUGGCGUUGGCGGGCGGGCGGGCGGGCGGCCCGAAGCGCGGAAAAAGCUGGAAGGGAAAAGAGGGAGCGGCCCGGGACGAAAAAAUAGAGACACUUCGGAGAUUUCGUGCAUUUCGAGUAUCUCUUGGAAAAACUGGAGACCUACGACCUCAGCUGAACGGGUGACAGUAGAGGGUCAGGAAGAGAACGGAUAAGUACUUUUAACUUGCAGUGAAGGGGUAGAAAGGGAGUAUACCUUUGGGUAUAAGGUGAGUGGAGCAGUCUGCCUUCUCAGCUCAGAAGAGCUCAGAAGCCAUUUUCAGCCUCCAUCUUAAAAAGGCAUCUUCCCCGCCAAUGAAGGAAGUGGAUCAUUUGACCACAUUACAUGCUUUUAUUUUCUCCAUGAAAUCUGAAGUUCAGAGAAAGUUUGGACAAAACAUUCAAGAUAAAGUUUUUCCCUCAUUUUCUGAACAAGUGGAUUUAACGUUCUUCAUUUUUACUUCUAACAUUGUUAUUUAGAGAAGAGAACAAUUGUUCAUCACUACAACAUUUUUAGUCUGGAAAUAUUUACUAUUAUCUAAAAGACAAUCAUACAUUAUAUUGGUCAUUUAAAUUUUUCGUAGAUUAUUGUCUGCAAUCUUUUAAUACAGAUUCUUGACAAUGCAUUGAUUUUACUACAUUUUUAACACAACCACCUCAAUGUUUAUUGAUGUACGAAUAUGAGAUUUAAAGUGGGGCAAAUUGAUUGCUCUCUUAAGCCAUUUCAGAGUGCAAUAAAUUGAAAUUCAGAUUAUGGCAGCAAGCUAUAAAAGAGUAAUAACAACAGUGAAUUGUUACAGCAGUGCUAUAAUAGAUAAUCAGCUUCAAAAUGUUGUGCAUUAUUGCACAGGGACAUGUCAAGUAUUCAAACAAGGAAUUAUGUGCAUAGUGGCCCACCACAGUGUUUGUGCAAAAUUACUUAAAGUUUCUACACCUAAUGUUAGAAAUUCAGAUUUGACCCACAGAUUUUCAAUGCCUGAAAAUUCCAUUGCUUUGCCUGGGGAUGAAGAUUAUCAUCAGCUCCUUCCUAGUAAUCCAAAACUAAAAAAAGGAUCUUCUGUUCAAAGCAGUGGAAAUCUAAAAGAUAUCACUGAAGAAGCCAUAAAUCUUGCUAGUGGAAAAAUAAAAGAAUUCUCAUUUGAAAAACUGAGAAAUUCUUCAAACCAGGCAAACUAUAGAAAAGGAAGAAAAGUUAAGUCAGACCAAUUCAGCAGAAGAUCACUAGAUUUUGACUUGAUUAGUGGAUCUUUCAGCAGUGAUGAAAUUUUGUCCCCUCCUAAUGGCGUUCUAAAUAAUUGUUCCCAUGAAGAAAAAUGGCAUGUCAGCAGCCCCUCGGUUAAGGAAAGUGGGAGUUCUAUAGUUCCAUUGCCUAUAGAAACUUUUCCUGAUGGCAAUUUUAUAACACAAAUUUUGGAAAAGCACAAACUGGAUGGUUCUUCCAGUGGAGAUAUUAAGAUGUGCUUAGAUAUCUUGCUAAAAUGCUCAGAGGACUUGAAGAAGUGUACAGAUAUAAUAAAGCAAUGCAUUAAGAAGAAAUCUUCAGGAAAUGUCAAUAGUGGAAACAAUAGUGAGUCCUUGGCCAAUUCUGAAAUAAUCUAUAUGAAUCUAAUGACAAGAUUUUCCUCUUACCUAAAACAGUUGCCUUUUGAAUUUAGACAUCCUGGUGACAUGGUAGAACUGAUUAAUUGUUUGUCUGCUUUGGAGCAAUCUCAUUUCUCCCCAAUAUUUGGCAAUGAGCAACCACCAAGAUAUGAAGAUGUUGUAACUUCUGCAUCAUCUGUAGCAAAGCAAUCAUUUCCCUCUAACUUAAAGAGAAUUCAGGAUAAUAAUGAUACAGAUUCCUCAACCAACCCUAUCCAAAUCCCUAGUGUAGAUGCAUUGCAGAACAAUAUAGAUUCUAGAAAUGAUUCUCAUGUACUACCUCAGUUACAAUUUCAAAAUCCUUCAGAUUGUGUUUUUCCCACAGAGUCUCUAUAUAUUGUAGAAGAAUCAGAUGGAAAAAAAGUAAGGGGAGGUGCAUCAAGUGUUCAGAGUAGAACAAUAAGUAGAGAUUCAGAGAGCAGCCAGGAGCAAGCUGAAUUGCUAAAUCCUUCUUUAGAACUUACUAAAACUUCACAUAAUGUUACAGAGCCUCUAUCAAAGGGUGAUCACUCCAUUUUAGCAGAUUCCAUUGAUCAAACCUUGAACUAUAAUGUUCAGGUCUCUAAAGAAGAGCUUAGAAAAAACAAUCAAGAAGAGAUAGAUAAACUUUUGUUGGAUUUGGAGAAUUUUUCACAAAAAAUGGAAAUUACACUGAGAGAAACUACGGUGGAGCAGACUGAUUCUAGAUAUUUGAAAAGUAGUGAUUUAACCAGUGAAGACAAAGGCAAAGAUUGUUUUUCUGAAGACAAAAGUGUGUCUUCUUCCUUAUCAAAACUUGUAGAAAUCAAUGGUCAUAAAAUGGAUGAAGAUGACAAAACUCUUUUAUUGCGUAUUUUGGGGAGUAUUGAAGACUUUGCCCAAGAACUAGUAGAAUUCCAAUUGGGCAAAGGAAGCCUAUCAAAAGAGAAAGAAGUGAUGCAUAUUCUUCAGGAAACUUUAGCCACACCUUCCACCACAGUUGACAAGCAGAGCUACAUAGAUACAGUGAAGAAAAAACCCGUGUCGCCAUUAAUUCAACAGAUGCCAGAGGUUAUCAAGGUCCAAAAUAAGCAAGAUAAAAAACCGGUGACACCAUCUCUAACUCCUACAAAUUCAACAAUCACCCCACAGUCUCUACUGUCUACAAAUAAAGAAACUGUUGGUGCUCCCUUGUCCAUAAACAUUCCAACUUUCUAUUUUCCCUAUGGACUUCCGAAUAUCUGCAAUAAUCAUGAUGAAAUUAUUACAAAAGUUGAAGCAGCCUUUUCAGAAUUUGAAGAUAAGAAAGUUCCCUAUAAUGAAAUGGGGAAAAUUAUAAAAAUAUGUGGCUGUCCCCUAUACUGGAAAGCUCCCAUGUUCAAUGCAUCUGGAGGAGAACAGACAGGAUUUGUAUCUGUACAUUCAUUUGUGGCCAUGUGGAGAAAGAUUCUACACAACUGUCAUGAUGAUGCAUCAAAAUUUAUUUGCCUUUUAGCAAAACCUAACUGUAACUAUCUGGAACAAGAAGAUUUCAUCCCAAUACUGCAGGAUAUAGUUGAAACUCAUCCAGGAUUGACAUUUCUAAAGGAUGCCCCGGAAUUUCAUUCCCGCUACAUUACUACGGUUAUUCAAAGAAUAUUUUACAUAGUGAAUAGAUCAUGGUCUAGAAAAAUAUCAUUAAUAGAGCUGAAGAAAAGCAACUUUCUGCAAACUCUAGCUCUCUUAGAAGAAGAAGAAGACAUUAAUCAAAUAACUGAUUAUUUUUCCUAUGAGCACUUCUAUGUUAUUUAUUGUAAAUUCUGGGAAUUGGACACUGAUCACGAUCUCUAUAUCAAUCAGAGUGAUUUGGCUAGAUACAAUGAUCAAGCUUUGUCAAGCAGAAUUAUAGAAAGAAUAUUCACUGGAGCUGUUCUUAGAGGAAGUCAAGAACAAAAAGAAAACCAGAUGAGCUAUGCAGACUUUGUGUGGUUUCUGAUCUCAGAAGAAGACAAAAGAUGCCUCACAAGUAUUGAGUAUUGGUUCCGAUGCAUGGAUUUAGAUGGGGAUGGCACACUAUCAAUGUAUGAACUUGAGUAUUUUUAUGAAGAACAGUGUGAGAGGAUGGAAUCUAUGGGCAUUGAGCCGUUGCCCUUCCAUGACCUGUUGUGCCAAAUGCUUGAUCUAGUAAAACCAGAAUAUGAGGGAAGAAUUACUCUACGAGAUUUGAAGAGAUGUAGAAUGGCUCAUGUAUUUUAUAAUACUUUCUUUAACCUUGAAAAGUAUCUGGACAAUGAACAACGGGAUCCCUUUGCUGUGCAAAAGGAUGUUGAAAAUGAUAGUCCAGAACCCUCUGAUUGGGACAGAUAUGCUGCUGAGGAAUAUGAAAUUCUUGUAGCUGAGGAGUCUGGCAGUGUACAGUUACAAGAAGGUUCCUUUGAAGAUGAUUAUGAAACAGAUGAAUUCUUAUCUAUGUCUGAAAUUGGAGAAAAGUCAGAUAAUUUAGUUAUUUCGCAUCUUUCAGCGUAAGAAUGGAGAUUUGCCCUCAAAGUCUACCAUUAUUAAACACAAGACUUCAGUUCUUACAUUUGAGGAAACAAUAAUGUUAUUUGAUAAAGUACCAACAUCUGAAACAAAAACAUAAUUAUGCAAGAUAUAUUAUUUGUUUCUCUAAUGUGAUAAUUUUCCUAACUAUUGGGGUAUACAUAGAAUUUGUGCAGACAUUCAUGGAACCUGUAAAGAAACAACAAAGACUGGAUAAAGGUGAACAGCUUCAUAUUUAUAUAUAAAAAAAGAAUUAAAAACAAUCAAUAAAUACUUGAGGAUUUUUUUCUAUUUUGGAUUAUUCCUCCUCCCUUUCUUAUUUAGAUGCUAUGUUCAGCUUCUUUCUUGUAUUACAAUAUAAUUGUAUACUAAUAUUCAGUUUUUUGAUGUAUCAGAAGUAACUGACAAUUUCUAGAUUAUUUCUAGCUGACUUCAGAUAUUUAUAUGCAUUAUAGAAUACUGAAUGAUAAUAAUAUGGAAUUUUCAAGAGUUUAUUUAAAUCUAGUAUCAAAUUCAUGUUUCUUUGGUUUAAAGUAUAAUAUAGAAAAGAGAUGGCCCGUUUGUUUUCAUAGUUGUUCUUCAUGGGGAUUUUGGGGGAUGUAAUUUUACUAGAAUUCUUCUCAAAAAGCAUUAAUGCUUUAAUAAAUGAACAAUCCCCCUCCAUAAAAGAGAAAUUGGAAUAUGUUUUCCAAACUUAAAUCAAAGAAGUGAAUGACCUAAAAUUUAUAGCUGAUAGAAAAGCCCUAUCAAAUUAAAGUAUUUUAAAUUGAAGUGUAGAAAAUGAAAAUCAAUUGACAAAAUGCGUACAAAACUCUUCCAAAAAUAAAAAAAAUCAGGUAAAAAAAUUAACAUUUACAAAAUAGGUCCUGGAAGAUGCAGGCAAUAUAUCUUAUUCCCUUACCCAUUAUUUUGAAUCUUGUUCUUAAAAAAAAAUAAGCUAAAAGGUAAUCCUCAUUUGUAUAAAGGAAACAUUUACAAUAAAUUCUUUAAAUGGUUCUUAGUGGUAUAAAAUUGGCUCCCUCUCAUGAGGCAGUAUAUUCCUCUCAGUGAAGGUCUUCAAAUGAAGACUGUAUGCCCACCUGUUGAAAAUGUUUUAGCAAAUCCAGCAGUGAGUAGGAGAUUGGACUUUCAAUCAGAGGUGUUUUCAUUUUAUGAUUCUGUGAUAAAACAAUGCCAUAGUGACAACAGAUACAAUCUGUUUAGAAGUGAUAAUGAAGUGGUAGAAAGCGUCUGCCUUUUAGGGUGAACAUUAAAGAAACAAGCAAUCAAGGAAUACAGUCUAGCACUUAGUAGCCAUGAAGACCUUAAAAAGAUACUUAGAUGCUAGGAUGUGUGCAUACCUACAGAGAUCAGAAUAGUGCAGGUAAUCAUAUUUCUGUGACAUUUUUCUGGAAGUGAAAAUUGUAAUUUGAAAUCAGACUAGUAAAGAGCAUUGCUUCUUUUGAACUUUUGUGUUGGAUAAGACUUGUUAGAAUACCAUGGACAGUCAGGAAAACAAACAACAAAUGGAUUAUGAAACAAUUGAAACCCAUAAUUCUCACCUGAGGUACAACUGAGUAGGUUCAAACUAUUCUACUUCAAAUGCAUCACUGAAAGACCUAGCUCUCUAGAGAAGAUGAAAAUGCUGUGAACGAUGGAAGGAAAUGAAAUACCAGCAGCAAGAUGGAUGAAUUUAGUUACAGUAGUGAUAGGUGCAUUAUUGGAAGACCUGAAGAAGCAGGUUAGGGACAGAUCAUCAUGGAAAAAUCUAUAUCGUCUCCAAGAGUUGACAAAAACUUGCUGGUGUAUAAUCAUCCAAUCAAUCAAUCAGCAUAUGCUAACAUUACAAGCAACGAACAGAAUACUGUAGUUUAAUACUGCAUAUAAGCAAAUGUUCCUGAUGAUGAAAUGAUUCAGUUCAGGAACCGAGAAAAUAGUCUACAACAAACACACUUUAAGUGGUAUUAUAUGUGAAUUGCAAAUGAGAAGACUUUUUGUGAAAAUACCUUUUUGUUCAGUCCUACAGGUUAAUUUUUUAAUGGAUGUUUUUCUAAGGCACCUGGUUCACCACCACCAAAAAUCUAUAUGAACAUGGCUGUCUGAAAAUGCUUCUGCAGCAGAUUUUAGUGCCAAUGUGUAUAAGGAUUUUUCUGUGUUCUGAAGGGAUUGGUGAUAAAUUUUUGUCCAUUUCUCAUGUGGUGAUAGAACAGCUUAAACUCAAUUUCCUUUGAAAGACAUGUUUUGCAUUCAUCUUUAAAGUACUGUUUUAAUUUAAGUGAUUGAAUAUGAGCAUACUUUGGGCAAAUUGAACAAGUUAGGAAUUACAAUGUUCAAUUCCUAAGUGCUUAGCUUAUUUCUGAUAACACAAUACUAAUAAUUGUGCAUUGUAAAAAUACACUAAAAGAUUUUAUUUUUCCUAUGUGUGUGUGUAUCCUUGAAUAUAUAUCUUGGGAAUUCUGGGUAGAAAGAUGAUGAUGAUACUGUAGUAGCAGAAUUAUAGUCAGUCUAACAUAUCAUUUACAGUUUAAUUUGCAUGCUAAAGAUUUGAAGUAAGUUGGGCUUGAGGGUUCCCUUUUAAUGCCAUCAGACAACUAUGAAAUAUCUACAGUAACAAUGUGUUAAGAGUUGAUAUUAGUAUUUAUCUAGCUUGUUAAGUUAGAAUAUAAUUUUCAUUUUGACUAUGAAAGUUUUGCCCCAUAGCCCCAAGUAGAUUAACAAUUUUCUGGGUUAUAAAUCUGUGCAAAAGGUUCAAAGCAAUUGAAGGGAAAAAUUCAAAUUCAGUAUCCAGCAGAUUCCAGCUAUUUUUUAAAAAAGCCAUAAUCUGAAAGCCUGGAGGACUAUUACUAAUGAAUUUAUAUAAUAUUCAUCUGGAAGGACCUAUUGCAUAAGAUAAAUUCUACUAUGAUGUACAUUUUUUACACUACCAAAUAUUUUUCAAUAAAAUCCUAUAUAGUUGAAAGAAAAUUUUAUUUCAAAGACUUAGUCUAUUAGUCUAUUGCACCUAGAGCUUAUUGCACCUUUUAAAAAAAAAUAAAUUUUAUCCUGGUAUGAUUAUCGUAGUACUAAUAUUUUUAAUAGUGCUAUGUGCACUUUAAAAAUGUUUUUUCUCCAAAGAUUGCUAAUAGGCAGCCUUGAACAUAUCUGUUAUAAAAUGUCUGCAAUUUUAAAAAUAUCAUAUUUGUUAUAAUCAAGUCCUACCUUAGCCCUGAAAGGCAACUGGGUGACUUUGGAUCAGUCACUUAUAACCCAAUCCAUCUCUCAGGGUUGUUAUUGUGGGGAAAAUUGAAGGAAGAAGGUGUGUUAGAUAUAUUUACCAACUUCAGUUAUUUGUAAAAUAAAAAUAAAAAAUAAUCAGAAGUAUUCUAGAACUAGAACUAGAAAAUGUAAC